AUGAGCCCCCGUCCCACCGCCCUGCUGGGCCUCGUGUUCUGUCUGGGCCAGAUGAUCCACAGGCACGAGGGGGCCCUGCCCAAACCCUCCAUCAGCGCUGAGCCAGGCCCUGUGGUCCCCCGGGGACAGCCCGUGAGCAUCGUGUGCCGGGGCCCAGACAGGGUUGACAUAUUCCGCCUGGAGAAUGGAAGACACAGUGUUUUGGAUCAGACAGUUGUGUCUCAACCUGGUUCACUGGGGACAGAGGCCACAUUCCACUUCCCCGCAGCGAGCGAAGACACCGCCAGCAGUUACCACUGCCUCUAUAGAAAAGGGGGCGCCUGGUCUGAGCGCAGUGAGCCCCUGGAGCUGAAGGUGACAGAGGACGUCCCCUCUUCACCCUCAGCCCCUGCCUCCUGGGAUUACACGGUGGGGAACUGUGUCCGCAUCGGCCUGGCGGGCGUGGUCUUGCUGAUCCUGGUGGCGAUUCUGGCGGAAGCUGGGCACAGCCAGCGCAGGUCCCCACACGGACCACAGGGUUGAAGACAAGGGAGUGCCCACCAGAGAGAUUAGACCCCCAGGC